AUGAUGACUGAGGGUUUAGAUCACAGAUUCAGUUGUCUCACCUGGGAACAGAUUAAAAUACUGGAUCAAGUGCUAACCGAGGUGAUCCCUAUUCACGGAAGAGGGAAUUUCCCGACACUGGAGGUGAAGCCAAAAGAUAUAAUUUGUGUUGUCAAGGAGCAGCUAAUCAGGAAGCAAAUCAUUGUCCGAGACAUACGCCUGAAUGGCUCCACGGCAAGUCACAUCCUUGUCAAACAAAAUGGUACCAGCUACAAGGACCUGGAUAUCAUUUUUGGUGUUGAGCUUCCAAGUGAGCAUGAAUUUCAGGUUGUGAAGGAGUCUGUCCUCAACUGCCUCUUGGACUUCUUACCAAAAUGUGUCAAUAAAGAAAAGAUCACGGCGCAGACCAUGAAGGAUGCCUAUGUGCAGAAGAUGGUGAAAGUGUCCACAGAUCAUGAUCGCUGGAGUCUCAUCUCCUUGUCAAACAAUAGUGGGAAGAAUGUUGAGCUCAAGUUUGUCAACUCUCUCCGGCGACAGUUUGAGUUUAGCGUCGAUUCCUUUCAGAUCAUCCUGGACUCUGUGUUAGAUGUCUAUAGUGAUACUGAUGGCAAGCUGUCAGAAGACUCUCAUUUGUCCAUCAUUGCUGAAAGCAUGUAUGGGGACUUUGAUGAGGCCAUGGACCACUUGAAGUACAAACUAAUUGCCACAAGGAACCCUGAAGAGAUCCGUGGUGGAGGCCUUUUGAAAUAUAGCAAUCUCCUGGUUCGGGAUUUUAAGCCAGCAGAUGAGGCAGAAAUUAAAUCGUUGGAACGUUAUAUGUGUUCUAGAUUCUUCAUUGAUUUCCCUGAUGUAACGGAGCAGCAGCGGAAGAUUGAGUCGUACCUGCGCAACCACUUUAUUGGGGAAGAGAAGAGCAAGUAUGACUAUCUGAUGACUCUGCGCGGGGUGGUGAAUGAAAGCACGGUCUGCCUUAUGGGGCAUGAGCGAAGGCAGACGCUGAACAUGAUCACAAUCCUGGCUCUCAAAGUGCUUGGGGAGCAGAACAUCAUUCCGAAUGCAGCCAAUGUAACAUGCUACUAUCAGCCAGCUCCGUAUAUCAGCGACAGGAACUUCAACAAUUAUUAUAUUGCUCAUGGACAGCCACCCAUUAUCUACCAGCCCUAUUCCUUUCACAUAAACAUGCAAAGUGGCAUGGUGUAG